AUGUGCUAUGGAGAUUCUGGUGGUCCGGCUUUCAAGACAAUGGUGGUGGACGGGGUGAGAAGGACGUACGCAUUUGGCGUGGCUUCGUAUGUCAGACCAAACUACUACCAUGACGAGGGAUUUUUGGCCAUUCAGCACUUUCUUGCAAUCGCCAUAAUAUCCGCUAAGGAAAAGACUGAUCCCAAAGAACUUUUGAGCAAAAAUAAAUUUCCGUUAAUAAGCAUGAGGCGGUAUCCGCAUCCAGAUUGGGUGGAGGAUUUUAUAGGAUUGUAUUCACACUUAAUAACCUUCAUGUUAGCGUUGUGUCUUACUCAACCCUUUUUUAAUAUAAUUAAAUCAAUCACCCUCGAAAAAGAAAAACAACUUAAAGAAUCAAUGAAAAUAAUGGGCCUACCCAAUUGGCUACAUUGGGCUGCUUGGUAUGUAAAAUGUUUCAUAUUUCUUCUCUUGAUAGCGAUAUUAGUGAUAUUAAUACUGAGAGUAGGUAGGUUCUCCAGUACCGCAAUUUUUCAGAACUCGAAUAUAAUAAUAUUACUAUUACUUUACAUAAUUUUUAUUUCCUCAUGUAUCACAUUCAGUUUCGCCAUCAGCGUCAUGUUUAAUAAAGCUAACACUGCUGCAGUCCUAGGUGAAUUAAUUUUCUUAGCUUCCUUCUUACCUUACAUAAUAAUUGCUAUGACAAAAUCUAAACACUUAACUCUACUACCUAAACUGUUAAUCAGUUUAUUUCCCUUGAGUGCAUUUGGUUUUGCAAUGGAAAUUGUACUAUUUUACGAAGGAAUUGGACGAGGUAUUCAUUGGGCGACAGUAUUUCCGCCGUACAGACCAUCUGAAUCGUUAUCAGUGGGACUGAUGAUGAUAAUGCUCACUGUUGAUACAUUCAUUUAUUUCUUUAUUGCCAUAUAUGUGGAGGCGGUCUUUCCUGGGGACUACGGGGUGCCCAAGCCAUGGUAUUUCUUGUGUACGUGUAGUUAUUGGCACCUUCACAAACGUAAUGAUAUUAACUUUUUAGAGGAUUCAGAUGUGAGCUUAGUUAGGAACCGUGCCAACACCGGAGAAUUUUUCGAAUCUGAACCACAAAACUUGGCAGUCGGAAUACAAAUCACAAACCUCAGAAAGGUGUUUCGCAAGAAGGCAGCCGUUGAAGAUUUGUCUUUAAAUAUGUAUGAGAAUCAAAUAACAGUCUUGCUGGGACACAACGGUGCUGGCAAAACGACCACCAUGUCCAUGUUGAGCGGCAUGAUAACGCCCACUAGCGGCACUGCAAAAGUCAAUGGGUUCGAUAUCCGAACAGAAAUAGAUGGCGUAAGACAAAGUUUGGGUCUUUGUCCACAGCACGACCUCAUCUUUGACGAAUUGACUGUAGAGGAACAUUUGUACUUCUUUAGUAAACUGAAGGGCCUUAGUAAAGAUGAAAUUAAAGCGGAAAUCAACAAGUACAUUAGUCGAUUGGAGUUGGAACCUAAGAGAAAAUCCCGAGUUUCAUCACUGUCAGGUGGGAUGAAGCGCAAGUUGUGCAUCGCAAUAGCACUUUGUGGCAACUCAAAGGUAUUGAUGUUGGACGAACCCACGGCUGGUAUGGAUCCUUCAGCUAGAAGAGCCGUGUGGAAUCUGUUGUUGAGUGAAAAAGAAGGACGCGCAAUGUUACUGACCACUCAUUUUAUGGACGAGGCAGAUCUCUUGGGUGAUAGGAUAGCCAUUAUGGCGGCAGGAAAAUUACAGUGUUGCGGAUCCAGUUUUUUCCUGAAAAAGAAAUUCGGAGCGGGCUAUAGCCUCAUCAUAGACAAAUCUCGGGAUUGCGAUCCAGCCCAAGUUACAGCAUUGUUGGGGAAAUAUGUACCGAACAUAGAGGUUCGAAGCAACGCAGGUUCCGAACUAUCAUAUAUUUUAGAGCAAAACUACAGUUCCCAAUUCGAAUCCAUGCUAAAAGAUUUGGAAAAUAAUUCAAAAAGAUUGGGAAUCCUGGGUUAUGGUAUUUCCUUGACUACAAUGGAGGACGUAUUCAUGAAGGUUGGAAAGGAAGCAGUAAUAAAAUCAGAAAGUAGUAGACAGAAUCUGAACAAAGAUAGAAGAUUGAUCACUCAAACGCGUCCCCAUUUUACUGGCGGUUUAAACCUCGUGGGCAACCAGUUCCAAGCCAUGUUCAUGAAGAGGUACCUGACUACAUGUCGGUCUUGGCGCCUGUUCCUGAUCCAGAUAAUCAUUGCAAUUGUAUUCGCCUUACCUGCCAUGAGCUUUGGGAAAGAAGACGCUGUAUUAUCACCGGCUCAUUUGGAUUUAAGAGCCUUUAAGAAUCCGGUCGUAUUGGUGGAAGAUUUAUCAAAUUCCAUAUAUCUAGAAACGUAUUUGGAUUAUUUGAAGAGGAACAGUUAUAGCUAUAAGAAUACAGAAAAAUUAUCGGGAAAAGUUUUAGACCUGAUCAAGGAUUCCCCUCUUCAAGUUCGGGCAAACUAUAUUGUGGCAGCUACUUUCGACAAGGAAGGAAAUAAGGACCACAUAACUGCUUGGUUCAAUGAUGCCUAUCACUCUGCUGGAAUCUCGUUGGCACUUGUGUUAAACGCUGCAUUCAAGAAAGCAUUGGAUUGUAAAGAAUGUUCGAUACAGUUCAUAAAUCAUCCGAUACCUUACGACCUCGAUAAAAAAGCACUUCGUCUCACUAGUGAAGAUAACGCAGGUCAUUUAUUUACACUCUUCGUUGUGUUUGGCUUCGGAUUCUUACCCAUUACGUACUUACUGUCAAACUUAUUUCAACAUCCUACAUCAGGAUACAUAAAUUUGGCAGCAAUUUAUUUAAUUAUAGGACUAAUGACCGCAAAUAUUAUUCAAUCUGUAGCACUUGCAAUGAAGUCGUUAGGAGAAAUUCUUCAGGGGAUUUUUCUUAUUAUUCCUCAUUUUUGUGUUACGCAUGGACUGAAGGAAAUCUAUAAAUUUCAAACUUAUAAGAGGAUAUGUCAACAGUGUGUAAGUGGUUUCUGUAAUCCAGAACUACUAAAUUACUGUUCAGACGUCGAUAACAGCGUUUUCAUGUGGAAAUCACCAGGAAUUGGUAGAAAUAUAUGUUACUUAUGUAUGGCGGGGUUAACUUUCUUCUUGAUCAUCAUAAUGAUCGAGUCCAAACUGUUCUUGAUGUUAUUUUACUGCAUAAAAGGGAAUAAACGUCACCCUCUGCAAGGAGUAACAUUUAAGAAAGAAGACAACGACGUAGCAGAAGAGAGAAGCAUUAUCAAACAUGCUAAUAGGGAGGAACUUCUCAGCUACACUCUUAUAUUACGUGAUCUCACAAAAGUCUAUAAGAAGUUAUUGGCCGUAAACUCUUUGUGUUUGGGAGUGCGAAACAAUGAAUGCUUCGGCUUGCUAGGAGUUAACGGUGCCGGCAAAACCACCACGUUCAUGAUGAUGACCGGAGAGACAAGAAUCACUUAUGGUGACGGUUUUGUAAAUGGGUACAGUAUAAAACGACAGUUAAAGAGUGCCCAAAAGUGUAUGGGAUACUGUCCCCAAUUUGAUGCUCUUUUGGGUGAUCUGACUGCUCAAGAAACAAUAGUAAUAUUUGCUUUGUUGAGAGGAAUCAAAUAUAGCGCCUGUAGACCUUUAGCGGAUACAUUGGCGAGAGAGUUUGACUUCACACCACACCUGAAGAAACAAGUGAAGAAGCUCAGUGGAGGAAAUAAGAAGAAAUUGAGCACAGCUCUCGCCAUCAUAGGAAAUCCAACUGUGCUUUAUUUUGACGAACCCACGACAGGAAUAGACCCCGUGACAAGGCGGAAUUUGUGGAAUGCCCUUUGUAAAGUCCGUGACAGCGGCAAAUGCUUGGUUCUCACUUCACAUAGCAUGGAAGAAUGCGAAGCUCUGUGCACCAGAUUAGCCAUCAUGGUGAAUGGACAGUUCAAGUGUUUGGGUUCAUCCCAACAUCUGAAGAACAAGUUCGCGAAGGGCUACCAACUCAUCAUCAAGCUAAAGAAGUCGACUGAAGCUCUGUCCUCUGGUGAUUUAGGGUCCAUAGAAAUGUUUGUAACAUCACAAUUUUCCACGGCCGUUCUCAAAGAGAAGCAUGAGGAAAUGCUUUUUUAUUACAUCAAAGAUUUAUCGAUACCUCUGUCUCAGAUGUUUGGUAUUCUGGAGAGGGCAAAGAAAGGCGACUAUAAUCUAGAGGAUUACUCCCUUGGACAGAGCAGCCUUGAACAGGUUUUCCUUACAUUUACUAAACAACAAGAACAAUGACUUGGAAUGAAGAAACUAUACAAUUGGAUUUUACUUUCAGUCACUUAUAACAAAAAGAUUUAUUGUUAUUGACAACAAGUCGAAAAUAAAAUAUUUUUUAUCCAC